CUUUCUUGCUUACGAUCUCAUCAAGCACUCCAAAGUUGCUUUUAUAAUAAGCUCUACACUAUGAGGCUUCCCAUCCCCCAUCAUCCACACUUGCCAUCUUCCAGUGAGCUUUCAGAGAGGGGCACAAAGGACAAAAAGUAGAGUGUGGGGCAGCCCUGCGGGGUCAAGGACGGUCGUAUGACAUGAUGGGUAACAACUAGACGCUGACAGGUGGCGCUUCUUGAUAGAAAUGGCUCACCACCCCAACAACGACACCUACCCAGUACAAUUUUCCGCUCUCAAGAAGAGCAACUACGUCGUCCUACACAACGUACCUUGCAAGAUCACUGACAUUUCCACUAAGCACGGUGAAGCCGAGGUCCACAUAGUCAGUGUCGACAUCUUCACCGGCAAGAAGUAUGAAGACACUGUUCCAUCUACCCAGGUCAUGCAGGUCCCCAACGUCACCCAUGAAGAGUACCUGCUCGCCAGUAUUGAUGACGAUGACGUCCUCGUCUUGGAGCACGGCGCUGAAGGUGUGCCCAAGUACAUCAAAUUGCCCCCAGGCAAGCUUGGCGAGCAAAUCACCUCCAACUUCCACAUGGACAAGACUAUCGUUGUCGUUGUGCUUGGUGCUAUGGGAGGGGAGCAAGUCGUGUCUCAGAAGGUCACUUGAUCUUGUAUCUGCCAUGUCGCAAUAUGCCUGUAUAAACAAGAGGUGAUUGGAGAGUAAACGAUUCUCUGCAUGGCUCAACGCAGCUACAUCAUCAGCCAAAGUCGGAUCGUAUGUACAUUGUCGAUAUGUAUCAACGUGCAAGGCUGUG